UUCAAGACUCAUCCUAGAGCCAAGUAUAUGAGACCGGUCAGGUGGGGCGCGACCAUCAUGGCCUUCGGAUACCUGUGCCGAUUCUCUCGGAGAACCGGGAUCAAUGCCUGGUCCUGGCUCUUUGAGACCUUCCAGUUCCUCCUCCUGUCGCCGUGCGCGUUUCUCGCCCAAGUAUAUGUUCUACUCCCCCAUUUGGCCGAGGCACUCGAAGCGGAAGACUGCCUUCCCAUCGGCGGUCGCGCGCUCAAGUGGAUCUUCAUCUCCGCGGACAUCAUUACGGUACUCGCGCAGCUCGCAGGAACGGCGCUCACGAUCACGUUCGGCGAUCUCGUAGAGAUAGGGAAAUGGGUCGUCACUGGCGGUCUCUGGGUCCAGCUCGUCUUUUUCCUGACUUUCAUGGUCAUCUUUAGCAUCUUUGCUUCUCGGCUGCGGAAACGCCAUCUCGAUCAGGGAGGAAUAGGGGCGGACGUGGGUGGACACAAGUGGAUCGACCGGUGCACGAGCUUGAUAUACGUCAUGUUUGAGGCGUGCUUGUGCCUUUUCGUACGGUCGAUCUAUCGUGUCGCAGAGUACACCUCUGGCGCGAAAUCAGCCCUCGGUCUGAGCGAGACUGCCUUCUACAUCCUGGACGCCCUGAUGAUGCUUCUCCUCAUCAUUGGCUUUUGUGUCGUCUGGGCGCCCAGGUGUCUCGAGGGCAAGAUACUACCAUCCGCCGUCGAUCGAUGGUCCAGACCGGGCGGCACGGUGGAGAUGGACAAGGUACGACGACAGCCAGGGACCAACAACGCCUGA